CAUUCCCUGCCUCCUACUCCCGUCUCUCGGGGAACGGGAUGAUUCGUUUUUUGUUUUUUCUUUAGCAUUGGUGCUCGGAGGAAAAAGAGCAUCUGGACGCACUGAACUGAUGGUGGUGGUCCCAGGCCCCAGUUUACUUACUGAUCAUCCCCAUAGCGGGACAUGGUCCUCUGAAGCUCGUCAGAAGAGACAUCGUCACUACUCUCGCUAGAAACAUGAAGAUUUGGAGCACAGAGCAUGCUUUCAGUUACCCCUGGGAGACGGUGAUCAAGGCCGCCAUGAGGAAGUACCCUAAUCCGAUGAAUCCGCACGUGGUGGGCGUGGAUGUGUUGGAGCGCCGCCUGGACGCAGAAGGACGCCUGCACAGCCAUCGACUCCUCAGCACUGAGUGGGGCCUGCCGGCGAUCGUACGAGCGAUACUAGGAACCAACCACUUGCAGACAUAUGUGAAGGAACACUCCAUAGUCAACCCUGAGGAGAAGAAGAUGGAACUGUGCUCAACAAACAUUACUCUUACCAACCUGAUAUCAGUGGAUGAGAGGCUCGUUUACAUGCCACACCCAGACAACCCCGAGGUUACCAUCCUGACGCAAGAGGCCAUCAUUACCGUGAAAGGAGUGAGUUUGAGCAGCUACCUGGAGGGCAUGAUGGCGAGGAGAAUGUCUGCUAAUGCCAGGAAGGGUUGGGAUGCUAUUGAGUGGAUUAUUCAGAACUCUGAAAGAGAAAACAUUACUCUCUGACAUUGACUAACUCUGGAAUGCCACACCGUAUAGCAAGUGCUUCGGACUAAUGCACGGGGGAGUCUUUGUGGACUUCUCACACCACACACGGGCUUACUUGUGGAGUACAUGCACAUGCAAGAUUGACACUGGCAGAGUUGUGGAUCCAAUGGGAGCAACUGAAUGCUCAAUCAACAACGUCUGAUCCAACAGAAAAAGAUUUUGGAACUAACUACUGAAAAGGGCGCCCCUGUUUUUGGCACCAUCCAUUUGGGAGCAUGCUCGACUUUGAUGUUUAACUCGUAUUUCUCUCCCUCUGGAGUUAUGAAUGAUACUUAAUGGGGAUGACCAAUGCGGUUGUGAUUUGUAGAUACAAGUAUCAAUAACUAGGAACGGUAAACCUCUCUUGCAGGUGGUAAGAGUCCUCUGGGGGAAAAAAAUGUUUUUUUGAUGUAUUAAAGUGUAUGUAUUUUGCAUGCUGUAAGAGGAAUUAAGUGGCAUGGUAGCUAGGGUUUAAUUUAGCGUUGCGUUCUCCGAUGGGAAUGGAGGUUUUUGCUCACUUUACCACAGAACAGCAGCUCCUUUUUGAUGCAUCGUCAGGCAGUGGAACCUCAAACUCUUUGCAACUGAGAUCGAAGUUAUGUGGGAGGGUGGGUGCAGUUCCGAAAACCAGUCGGCCUCAUAAUGCUGCCUGUGUGUGUGAGUGAUCACUAAACCCUCAUGCCUUUGUACGCGUGGAGAACAACACUAUAGUCCAACAAAGUGUGAUUGUUGGGGGGAGAUUCACGGUGUUACAGAACUGAACAGGUCUAAUAUUGACUAAUUAUCGAGACUUUAAAAAUUUAGUACAAACAGUAAAUUAUGACAUUAUUCACA